AUGAAAAAGGGUCUCAAGUUUUUGGAAAAUUUUGGCUCUUUGGUUCAUGGUGUGAAGGCAGUAUCAAAGGAUGGGGAUGGAGAUUAUGCAAGUAUCAGUGAAGCAAUAGCAGAAGCUCCGAGCUUCAGUAGAAAGAGAUACAGAAUAGAGGUGAGAGGUGGGGUGUACGAGGAGUAUCUGAGAAUCCCACCCGACAAGACCAACAUCAUGCUCAUCGGAAGUGGCAGCCAAAUUACGAGGAUUACUGGCAAUCGAAGCGCUGCCACCGAUCAAAGUGCCACACUAGCGAUAUAUGGAUCAGGGUUCGUGGCCGAAAACCUAGGGUUUGUGAACACCGCAGGGAGCGACGCCGGCCCGGGAGUGGCCGUAUUCAACCAGGCCGAUCACAGCGCCUUUUACAAAUGUGCCAUCGAAGGCUUCCAAGACACCCUAUGGGCCGUCUCCGGCCGCCAAUUCUACCGAGACUGCGACAUCUACGGCACCGUCGACUUCGUGAUGGGCAACGCCGCAGCUCUCUUCCAGAACUGCAACCUCUUCGCCAGGCCCAAGGACUUCGUCACCUUCACCGCCCAGUCUCGCUCCUCCGACCGCGAAGCCACCGGUUUCGUCUUCCAAUUCUGCCACUUCACCAUAUCCGCCGAGGACGCAGAUCGGAAGUCCGAGGUCAUCAGAGCAACGUUAGGUAGGCCAUGGAGGGCGUAUUCGAGGGUGGUGAUAAUGGAAUCGUACAUCGACUCACUGAUCGAUCCGAAGGGCUGGGAGAUCAUGUACGGCACGGCGCGUACGGACAGAUUGAGUUACAUAGAGUAUAAGAAUGAAGGGCCAGGGGCGAAGACCGGCGACAGGGUGAAGUGGCCGGGGGUUAGGGUUGUUGACGAUCCGAAGGAAGUUGAAGGCUUCACUGCUUCUGUGUUUGUGGACGGCGAUAUUUGGAUUCCUCGACUUCGGAUUCCAUAUUAUGCAGGCUCUAGCAGGACGUUGAUCAUUCAUAUUCACAUUUUAAUUUUAUUUUAA